UUCUUCGCAACUUGACCCUUCGAGAGAAAGAACGUUUAUUGUUUUGUCGCUGUAAACGCCACUCUCCCUACAACUUUUUUUCUCUCAUCUUCAGUGUUGUGUCAAGAACAAAGUCUAUCAUGCGUCCCUUUACGCCACAGGGCCUCCGGCCUCUUCGUUCGCUCCUCUCGCAGAGCACAUCUAUCACCACCACACGUACACCAUCUUCAUCGCGCCUUCUCUCGUCUCGAUUCAUUCAACCUCGUCUCAUCACUUCUCCACCUACUCUCUCUCACUGCCGGCGCAUCCUUCCUCCCACAUGCCGCCACAACUCCACAUCCUCGCGUCCUCUGACCGAGGAUCCCGACGACAGGACCGAGAGCGAUGCGGAUCGUCAAAGCAGAAACGAAGAACGUCGCAGAAAUGAAGAAGCAUAUCAAAUCGCAUUUACCUGCAAGCCAUGUGGCGAGCGCUCCUCACAUCGCAUGUCGAAGCAGGGCUAUCACCGUGGCACAGUCCUCAUCCAAUGUCCUUCUUGCGACAACCGCCAUGUUAUGAGUGAUCAUCUGGGCAUCUUCUUCGAUAAGAGAACUACACUUGAGGAUCUGUUGAAAGAAAAGGGCCAGACUUUGACCCAUGGGCACACCGAUGGCAACUUGGAGUUCUGGGAAGACGGCACCGUCAAGAGCUUCGGCCUCGAUGGAAAGCAGCUGUUGGACUCUUCCAAUGAAAAUAGUUCUUGAAAGGCUGCUAGCGGUACCCCCGUUUUAUUGUAUCUAUUGCACAUGACGGAUCCGAUUGACUCGGAUUCUUCUUAGUGCUGGAGGCGAUUGUCCAUAUUACUACUCCCCACUCUGGGCACGGCGGGCACCUGGCAUCAAUGAGGAAGAAAAAGGAUAUCAAUUUGCAUGGCGUAUAGAGGGCGAUGUGUUUUAUCUGUCGGGCAUUUCAUGAGCAUGUAACAUAGUAUAUACUGUACAAUAGAAUUUGGCUGUCAAGGCCAUAUACCAACUUCAUACGUCU